AAGCACCAUGGUUGGGGAAGGGGAAAAGACCCAGUCAAGGUUGUCCAAGUAAAAUAGCAAGACCCAAGCAAAAAGAAACUGAUGGAACUGGGAGUGGAAGAAAACAUUGAACAGAACAUCCGCCACACCAUGAUCAUCCUGGAGUUUUUGGACAUUCUGGAGGCUGGGAAGUCCAAGACUGAGGAUCCACAUCUGGUGAAGACCUUCUUGCUGCAUGCUAACUUGGAAAAGUAUCACAUGACGCACGUUCGCAACUCGCAAAGCAUUAGAAAGACACCGGUGAAAGACGCAGCUCAAGAGGGCGCUUUGCAGAAGAUGCUGGGAAAUGUAGUUCCUGGCGGCCGCGUGCGCAGGCGUACUUCCUGGCUUGGGAACCACAUCGCCCGACCGUGCUCUUUAUUUUUCCGUGGAGCAGCUCUGCUUUCUCAGGUCUCUACUUACUUAUAUAAGAUGGCAUCAAGAAGAAGGACCUGACCACUGGCCCCUGACUACAUGGUCUUUGGAACCCGUGGCAUUGGAAGAUGUCAGAGACAUGGCACAUGGAUGUGAUCUUCAAAAACUGUUACAGCCUCAUCUCAUUGGAGGAAAGAGAUAAUAUCUUCUACUUAAUCCUGGAUACUAUAUCCAAAGUCAGAGCAUCCACUCCAAAGCAGAGAAUUUCUGAAAAACAAAAUAAUGUCAUCACAUGAUGUUAGAAUUUUUUUUCAAAUGAUGGUUCCUAAUACUUCACAUUAGAAGAACUCGAAUUUGAUGACCAGUUUGAGAAACACCAGUAUAUCCAGAUUACAAGAAAAAGUGAGUCCAAAGGAUGAUCAUGAAUAUAACAACUUUGAGGAAACAUUUAAUCAAAGACCAAAGCUUUUUAAACAACUGAGAGUUUUUAUAAGAAAAAGACCUCGUACAGUAGUCCCCACUUAUUCAUGGGGGAUACAUUUCAAGACCCACAGAGAAUGCCUGAAAUCACUGAUGUACCAAACCCUAACCAGGUUCUUAGGAUGAGCUACUAAAUGACAAAUGGGUGGGUAGUACAUAGAGUGUAGAUACACCGGACAAAGAAAUGAUUCACAGCCCAGGCAGGACAGAGCAGAUCACACAAGAUUUCAUCACAGUACUCAGAAAACCACACCAUUUAAAAGUUAUGAAUUGUUUAUUUCUGGAAUUUUCCAUAUAAUAUUUUUGACCACAGUUGCCCAUGGAUAACUGAAACCAUGGAAAGUGGAACCGUGGAUAAGGCAGGACUACUGUACCUAUGACAUCAAUGGUAGGAACCUGAAGCAUAAUUCUGCUGUAGUGGAUUUUUUCAAAAGAAACUCAUGAAUGAAAAAUAAUUUAUUAGAUAUAAGAAAGGAUGCAUUUGUAUCUCAAACUUUACUUAUUCUGGAAAUAAAUGAAAAGCCAACACCUAUUACAUACCCACAAAAAUGAAAAAAUAAAUAAAUGUAAAGCCAUAGUUCAGUACUGAUGGAAUCUGAGAAAAUUUAUAUGACAGCGAACCCAUAUCUCUGUACUGAAUGUGGGAAAGGCUACACUUGUAUUGCAUCCCUGACCCAGCAUCAGAAAACACAUAUUGGAGAGAAACCUUAUGAAUGUAAAAUAUGUGGUAAGUCCUUUACCCGGAACACUAAUCUUAUUCAACAUCAAAGAAUACAUACUGGAGAGAAACCUUAUGAAUGUAAUGAAUGUGGGAAAGCUUUUAGUCAGAGCACUAAUCUUAUUCAGCAUCAAAGAGUCCAUACUGGGGAGAAACCUUAUGAGUGUAAUGAAUGUGAAAAAACCUUUAGUCAUAGGUCAUCCCUUAGAAAUCAUGAGAGAAUCCAUACUGGAGAAAAACCCUAUCCUUGUAAUGAAUGUGGGAAAGCUUUCAGCCAUAUCUCUGCCCUUACUCAACAUCAUAGAAUUCAUACUGGAAAGAAACCGUAUGAAUGUACUGAAUGUGGAAAAACCUUCAGCCGCAGCACACACCUAAUUGAACAUCAGGGAAUUCAUUCUGAGGAAAAAUCCUACCAGUGUAAGGAAUGUCGGAAAGUUUUUUGCCACAGUACAUCACUAAUCCGACAUCAGAGAACCCACACAGGAGAGAAACCAUAUGAAUGUAAUGAAUGUGGGAAAGCUUUCAGCCAUACCCCAGCCUUCAUUCAACAUCAAAGAAUUCAUACUGGAGAAAAACCCUAUGAGUGUAAUGCAUGUGGAAAGGCCUUCAAUCGGAGUGCACAUCUUACUGAACACCAGAGAACUCAUACUGGAGAGAAACCUUAUGUUUGUAAAGAAUGUGGAAAAACCUUCAGUCGAAGUACACACCUUACUGAACAUCUAAAAAUUCAUUCUGGUGUGAAACCCUAUCGAUGUAAUGAAUGUCAGAAACUGUUUUGCUUUAGAACCUCACUAAUUCGACAUCAGAGGACGCAUACAGGAGAGAAACCCUACCAGUGUAAUGAAUGUGGGAAAUUCUUCAGCUUAAGCUCAGCUCUAACGAAACAUAAGCGAAUACAUACAAGGGAAAGACCCUAUCAAUGUACUAAGUGUGGUGAUGUCUUUUGUCAUAGUACAUCCUUAAUUCGACAUCAGAAAACUCAUUUCAGAAAGGAAACCUUAGCAGAGUAAUGAGUGUGGGAAAGCCUGCAGUCAGUCGUAGGUUAUUGUUUACACCUGAGCACUCACAGUUCAAGCAACCCUAGGAUUGUUAUGUGAGGAAAAUCUUAGGCAAAACACUCAUUUACUUAAUAUGCUAUUUGUACUGAGAAGAAGGACUAUGCUUAUAAUCUAAAAAAGGUGUUAUUGAAAGAGAAAGUUAUAAUGGAAGUGUUCAUCCAAAACUGAGGUUUGUUUUUUAAAAACAUUUAGAAAGUUAUUUUCAGAGAUAAUUUAUUAAAAUGUAUAUAUUUGCUUAUAAAAAAACCUUUUGAAUUACACAGAAAUCUUAGUAAGAUAAGGAAAAUUGUUCACUCUGUAUAUAAUCCCUUUUUUGUUUAUUAAGUCCUAUGUUAUAUUUCAGCAUUCAAGAAACACUUUUAUAGAGGGUUUGAAAAUAAAAUUGACAGAUUUCAUUAAUAGCCAUAGACAAAUAAUGUUUUCUUCCACAAAGAUACUAUGCAUUAUUUUCUAAGAUUUAUGUAAUAUUUUUAAUGGACUACAUAUAUGGUUACAAAGAAAAUUGCAAUAAAUUCUCAGAGGGAAAUA